CUGGGGCGACGUUGCCAUUGCUACCGCGAGGAGCGGGGCGCGGCCUAGUCUGCCUGGCCGGGCUGAGCUGUGCCGUGCUGGGCGACGGGGCGGCUCAGGCUGCCCCAGCGAGCGGGGAUGGCGGAGCCGGAGAGCCUGGAGACGGCGGCCGAGCACGAGAGGAUCCUGCGCGAGGUGGACAGCACCGACACAGCCUGCAUCGGACCCACCCUCAGGUCAGUCUACGAUGGUGCAGAGCACGGGCGCUUCAUGGAGAAGCUUGAUGCUCGCAUCCGAAAUCAUGACCGUGAGAUUGAGAAAAUGUGCAACUUCCAUUACCAAGGCUUUGUAGAUGCAAUCACGGAGUUCUUGAAAGUCAGAGCAGAAGCCCAAAAGCUGAAGAAUCAAGUGACGGACACUAACAGAAAGCUGCAGAUAGAAAGCAAGAAACUGGUGGGAGCAAUGGAAGAGCUGAAACAGUGUAGGCUGCAACAGCGGAAUAUUUCUGCAACAGUUGACAAGCUCACACAGUGCCUUCCCGUUCUGGAGAUGGAGAGCAAAUUGAGAGAGCAAAUGAAAUCUAAAAGACACUAUCCUGCCUUGAAGACGCUGGAGCACCUCGAGCAUACGUACUUGCCUCUCGUGAGCCAUUAUCGCUUCUGCAAGGUCAUGGUGGACAACAUCCCAAAGCUGCGCGAGGAGAUCAAGGAAGUUUCCAUGUCUGACCUCAGAGACUUUCUGGAGAGCAUCCGUAAGCACUCGGACAAGAUUGGCGAGACGGCCAUGAAACAGGCCCAGCAGCAAAGAAACCUGGACAGCAUUAUCUCUCAGCCUUCCAAGGCCGGUGGGAGAAGACUCAAGAGAGAUGCCUCGGCAAGUUCCGACCUGGAGGUGCUCAGAAAUGCCAGCCCAGCCUCCGAGCAGGAUUCUGGGAUCUUGGAUGGGGAAGAGGAAGAGGAAGAGGUGCCUGGUGCCCAAGAUUUGGUGGACUUCUCACCUGUAUACCGCUGCUUACACAUCUACACAGUACUGGGGGCCCGAGAAACCUUUGAGCACUACUACCGGAAACAGAGGCGAAAGCAAGCCCGGCUGGUGCUGCAGCCCCCCUCCAACAUGCAUGAGACGUUGGACGGCUAUCGGAAAUACUUCAACCAGAUUGUAGGCUUCUUUGUCAUUGAGGACCACGUUCUGCAUACAACUCAGGGCUUGGUGGACAGAGCCUACCUUGACGAAUUGUGGGAGAUGGCCUUGUCAAAAACCAUUGCUGCCCUCCGGACACAUUCAUCCUACUGCUCUGAUCCCAACCUGGUCUUGGACCUGAAAAACCUCAUCGUGCUUUUUGCUGAUACCCUCCAGGGAUAUGCUUUUCCUGUCAACCAGCUCUUUGACUUGCUGCUAGAAAUCCGGGAUCAGUACAGCGAGACGCUGCUGAAGACGUGGGCAGGAGCCUUCAGAAGUAUUCUGGAUUCAGACAACUACAGCCCCAUCCCAGUGGCGCACGAGGAGCUCUACCAGAAGAUGGUCGGCCAGUUUCCUUUCCAUGAUGCGGAGCUGGAAAAGCAACCGUUCCCCAAGAAGUUCCCCUUUUCUGAGUUUGUGCCUAGAGUUUACAGCCAGAUCAAGGAAUUCAUCUAUGCUUGCCUAAAGUUCUCUGAAGACCUUCACCUGAGCUCCACAGAGGUUGAUGACAUGAUUCGGAAAUCAACCAAUCUGCUGCUGACACGGACACUCAGCCACUGUCUACAGAACGUCAUUAAGAGGAGGAACGUUGGCUUGACGGAGCUGGUCCAGAUUAUCAUCAACACGACACACCUGGAGAAGUCCUGCCGGUUCCUUGAGGAAUUCAUAACCAACAUCACCAAUGUCCUCCCUGGAACUGUCCACACAACAAAGCUGUAUGGAACUGCCACCUUCAAGGAUGCCCGCCACGCCGCAGAGGGAGAGAUCUACACAAAUUUGAACCAGAAGAUAGACCAGUUCUUGCAGCUUGCAGAUUAUGACUGGAUGGCCACUGAGGCCAGUUCAAAGGCCAGUGACUACCUGGUGGACCUCAUUGCCUUCCUACGCAGCACCUUUGCUGUCUUUACACACCUGCCUGGCAAGGUGGCUCAGACGGCCUGCAUGUCUGCCUGCAAACACUUGUCCACUUCCCUGAUGCAGCUGCUCUUGGAAGCGGAGGUGAGGCAGCUCUCGCUGGGGGCCUUGCAGCAGUUCAACCUGGACGUGGAGGAGUGUGAACAGUUUGCCAGAUCCGGGCCAGUGCCUGGGUUCCAGGGGGACACGCUGCAGUUGGCCUUCAUCGACUUGAGACAACUCUUAGAUUUGUUCCUCCAGUGGGACUGGUCAACAUACCUCGCCGACUAUGGACAGCCAACCUGCAGAUACCUUCGCGUGAACCCGACGACUGCACUGAUCCUGCUGGAGAAGAUGAAGGACACGAGUCGCAAGAACAACGUCUUUGCCCAGUUCCGGAAGAACGAGAGAGACAAGCAGAAGCUGAUCGAGACGGUGGCCAAGCAGCUGCGCGGCCUCAUCAACAGCCAUCACUCGUGAGGGGGCUGGCAGGGCAGGUGGUGCCUGGUGGUGGGGGCUCGGAGAGGCGUUGGGGGCCCAGAGUCCCGGCAGAGCCCUUCUCUGUGGACAGACUCUGCACCAUGAAGGGGCUGGGUGGAGUCUUGCCCAGCAUCCUUGCAGGGAGUGGGGGGCAUUGGCUGCUCCUCCAAACACCUCCCAUUUUCAGGAGCUUGGAGCCUGAUUGUAAAGAUGGAACUGGAUCCCAGCACUCAAAGCCCCGGGACUUUUCUGCACGCCAAAGGCCAGUGGAUCUAGUGGCUGGAUUUUGGCCUCAACUGUGCCAGCUUUUUUUUGUUAUUGUUGUUGUUAAGGGUUGGGGUGCCAGAUGUGCACUCCAGGCUCCUGGGGGUUUCUGUGCACAGGAGCUUCCGGGCUGCCUGUAACAUGGAUCUGAACGUUAGGUGUGGGGUCUGUGGGGUGGGACGGCUUAGGAAAUGUUCACCUGGCUGUGCUUUGGGGGGGGAGGGGGGUGAACUGCUAAGUAAUCAGCCCCUGGACUUCUGAUGAAGCAGCUCUGUGUGUCCUCCUUUCAACAUCUUGCUUCUCAAAGAGCCUCCAGAAUCUGGUGAAUGUGUUGGGAUUCCCAGGUGGCUCUUUUGCUGCACCACAACAGGCAGCCUGGGCUGGAAACCGUUCUGUAACUUGGCCCUUGAAAGAGCAGAGACCACCUUCCAUUCCAGCUCUUCACCUCCUCUUCCCAUUUCAGGUCUACACUGAGUCCACUAAGAAGGAGAGAGUGAGAUCUCUCCCUGUCUCCACCCAAUGGUGGCAUUUGGGAGCAGAAGCUACCAGUCAGUUUGGACAAGCAAGUUAACUUGCCAGAGGCAUCCCAUCCCUCUCGCCUGCUCCCGGGAGCCACACACACACUUUCCACAGGCAGAGUGCUGGUGGCGCUUCCGGGUGCUGGAGCCAUUUUUCCUGCUGGGAACAGUCGGGCCGCCCACCAUCUUUGUCCCAGUCAUGACAUUAAAGGGAGCAACGGAGGGCCGUGGCUGGAGGGAGACCCCAAAGCCAGUUUCACUUUGCCUUUUGUUUUUGCACUGCCAUGGGCCAGGUUCUCUGGUUUGCUCCAUGCUUUCACUCAAAAUGCAGCUGUGUGUGUGUGUGUGUGUGUGUGUGUGUGUGUGUGUGUGUGUGUGUGUGUGUGUGUAAGGACCAGCUUGUGUGUCUAAACCUUCCAGGGACGUGGCAGGUGGUGGUGCUUUGGGAAGGGACCUGCCACCAAGCCCUCGUCCAGUGCCGAGUCUUGGGUUUUUCUCUGGGAUCCUGGCGUCACCUGGACUAGACUGCUUGCUUGGGAGCUGUGCCUCAGUUGCUGUCCUGGCCACAUUUUCAACUGCAAGCUGGUUCUUUUGAUGUGGCUUCAGCAGCAUUUCUCUUCAGCUGGAGAGAAAUCGUGCUGGUGAAUGUGUUUAGCCGGGAUUGGCCAGCACUGGGAUGAUCGAUGGCUGUGUGUGGUUUUGGUUCCAUCCUCCCCUGUUCUUGGAGCAGCAGCAGGACCACUGCGGGGCCUUUGCCUUCACACUUGUGGAAAGCGCUGAGUGAGGAACUUCCUUUUUCAAGGUCUUUUCCCAAAAGGGAGUCGCAAACCAGAAAGUGGGACCUGCCUUCGCCCCUUGCAUGCAGUGUUUCCACCCCUGCCCUUGGUUCAGACUGGCUUCCCUUGCCUUGAGAGAGUGCAGGUGCUUGUGCCGAGAGCCAGACUUCUGCUGGGGCAAGGAGCUUCGGGGGCAAAUCUGCUGCAGUGUGCCAGGGCUCUUGCCCAGCUCCCGUGUCGUCCCAGUGAAUGAUGAACUGGUUGUUUCUCAAGGGUCUGAGGUUGCUUGGAAAGGAGGCAGCCAAAGCAGAGAGCGUUGGCAGGACCAGACCAGGGGGUGGGGGCGGAGGGGCCCGACUGCUUGAGUGGGUGAGUGUGGGGCGAAUGGAGCAGCCAGGCAUCCCUGCUGUUCAGUGACCAAGGGAGGGCGUCAGCGUGCCAAGGAUUUCCUACUCCUAGAUCAAUCUUGGGAGUUGGAGCUUCUGAGUAGGACCUAGCCAAAACAAGCCCAGAUCUCUCAACCACAACUGGGGGGCAGCCGGUCUGAGGCCUCCUGCUUCCAAACCAUGGGUAUGCUCAGGGGGACUGCUAGGAACGCCUAGGCUGGCCUCGUGGAGGUGAUUCUGAGUGCCCACUGGCAGUGUGUCUGGCCCAUCUGAAGGGCUGCGUGGUUGACAGUGGCAUGGGCUUGUAUCCCACUGAAACAGAUGGGAGUUGACUGAGAGCCUGGCCGAGCUCUUGUGCGCCCCAGGGGCGUUUUCACAAGAAAUGCUUCUGCCAGGCCCUCCUUCUACACAUUGCAGCAUCUGGGCCCUCAGGGGAUGGACCCCUUCCUGAGUUGGGGCCGAGGCCUCUGGUGGUCCAGCUACACAGCAAGGCCUUUGACUGAGGCAUCACUAGAUUACCAGUCUGUGUUACGCAUCACUCCCGAGGGACUGAGCUCUGCCCAAACCAGCCCACGGUUGGUCUAGGAAUAGUUGAGGUGUGUGUAUAUUGUGGAUAAUGUGACCAAUGAGGUAAAAUGUCUGUGAGAUGAGGAACCAGAGGACUGUGGAGUGUGAGCUGCCCAGACCUCUCCCCGGGUCCCAGACCACCUGCGUCCUCCGCCCCAUCCCAGUUUUGCCUCCUUUUUGCUGCCUGACUCAUGAAGAGGGGUGCAGGAUCUCUGCCCUGGCUAAGCCCAGCCUGGCUUCUGCUGCACAUGCCCCCAGUGGCCUGCGAAGGGCCCGCGGGAACAGAAGAGGGCAGGAGAGCCCAAGCUGCCUGGCCAACGCGGGUGAUUUGCCUGCAGCAGCGUCCAGAGGCACACUUGGAUGGCUUCAGCUGUUCCCUUGCAGCCCAAGGGGUGCAGCUGGAUUGCUGUUUCCAGUUCAGCUUCCUUGGGGGGCUGCAGCCUGCCCUUCGUGCAGCUUUGUCUCGGGGUGAGGGAUGAACACCGUGCCUUUGUGACCAGGGAAACAGAUCCCCUUGUCACAACUGGUGGUCUGCAAGUCGUAAAUCUUUCCGCCCUUCUAUUCUCCCAGCUUCUGACCUGGACUCUCUGGGCAGCUGGGAGAUCCUGACCGCCCCUGUUGUGCCGGAGGGAGCAGCGAGGAGGAGGACCCCGCGAGGGGUUUGCCUUUGAGUUGAGAUGAGCUGCGCAUUCACGGAGAGCAUUGAGAGUCCGCACGGGGGCACUGACCCCUCAGGAGGAGUGGAGGAGGGCCGCCCCCAUCCAUGUAGGACCCAUUGGGCUGUCCCAAGUGGCUGUGCUUUGCUGUGGCCAGGUGUGUGUCCCAGCAUGCUCUGCAGAGUUGUCACGGAUUCUAGGACGCGUGACUUGGGUGUCGCGCUGCUUCACAGGUACCUCCAGACAGCCCCUUGGGUUUUCAGAGUUGGCCUGGCCCUGGAGAGCCUGUGGGCAGUGGGGAGGGCACAGGGGCAUGGGGUGGGUGUCGGUCGCGGGAGGCUGGCCUGUCCUUUGUGGGUUGGUCAGUCAGCAGUUUUUCUGCGGAGAGGGCCAGGGCUGCAUCUGCCAGCAGGGAAGUCCUACUUCUCCAUGCUGGACGCAAAGGGAGCUUCCCUCACUGCCCCCUGAGCUUUCUCACCUUGGCUGGGCUGCAGAGGCCGGGCCCUGACUGGGAGAAGCAAGGUGGGCCGAGGUGGCUGUUUCAAGGUGGGCCUGUGAUUUGCACCACAAAAACGCUCCCUUCUGUGGUCUUGCCAAGCGUGGAGAGGGCAUUCUCCCUGAAUGUGCCCCGUGUCAGAGCCUCCAGUGAGACCAGUCUGUGUGAUGCUGAGUUCAAAGCACAGCAGAGCAGAAGUGCCAGCUCCAGGUGUGGCCGGCUUCUUCUCGGAGCAGCCAGAAUGAGCCAGUCUUGGCCCAGAUCCUCGGAGUGGACCAGCUGGUGCUUGCAGUUUAGACUUAGGAGCUGAGGAAGCCCCCCUUUCGGCAAGAUGGAGAUUCAUUUGGAGAGUGUCCAAUUUCAGGAGGGUCAAACUCCAAACCGCUAGUCACAUAAUGGGAAUGAAAAAUGGAAUUUUGGUGCUCUGUUCCUAAUUAACAUUUUGUUCCAAGCAAGGCAUUCCCAUCCCUUCAAAAGAAAAUUAAUCAUUCCAACAGAUUGCUUUUGUAAAGAACGAGAGAGAGAGAGAGGAUUGUAACAAUCCUAUUUACUCGUGUUAAAAGACUGGUAUAUCUUCUGCAGUGGAUGCUGAAGGGCUGAUCAGGAGCAGAAGAGCAACCUGGAGUGUGAGGAAACCUCACUGCUGAGCUCCCUCCCUCCCUCCCAGGGCUGGCCCAGCAAUCCGAGCGUCACUUGGGGCAGAAGGAUACCUGUGGUGCCAGCCUGUGCCCCAACACCCUCUGCACCCAGGGUCCUCAGAGGGAUCCUGGGUGUCCCUCUGGGCUUGCCCCAUGCAGCCGCUUGAGGUGCCCGCAAGAUGGCCCCCUUCUCCUCCUCUCCUCCAUCAGAGCCCAGUUGCUGCUUGACUUGAAAAGGGGGAGGGCCACAGGAAGAGCCUGCUGGGAGCACACACACACACACACACACACACACACAGAGAGAGGCAACUGCCAGGGCUUGGAGCCCGGUUUGGAGGGGGCUGCUGUGCAGGACAGAAGACGCUGCACAAGGGCCCUUCUGGUAACGUCCUCGGCACCAACAUUGUGCUGGAAUUGAGAGCCAAAGUUCUCUGCUGGUAUUGCACUUGGGUUAAGUCUGACCCCACUUUCCAUCCUCACAAGGGAAAACUGCCUGUUGUUGUUUGUGAUUCGUUUGUAUGGGAUUUAAUUUUUUUAACACAAGGCUGUUUGUUCAAGCCUGUACCUUUCCUAUUAGUGUGUGACUUGCAAAGGUGAUGUUUUUGGGUAGCUGCCACAGUGCUUGCCGGUCGCCUUGGAUGCUCGUGCUUUAGUGCCACAAUGGCAGAGUGAAGGGAGGACACAGAGUGCCCCACAGCUGUGCUCUGGCACAAACCCCAUUCCUUGGGGGGGGGUUCCCCAGGACAACUUCUCAGCCAUUGUGCCUGUCCCUUGCCUGGAACUGGAGAGCAUGAUGCAGGAGCAGCUCCUCUUAAUGAGCCGGGGGCAGAGGGGGGAGCCAUAGGAGGCACCGUCUGUGCCUCUCUCUCCUGCCCCAUCUCACCUAGAGUUGUGCUGCCUGCAGGCUGGCCAUUCGUCAGGUGGGGCUGUGCAGUUAAUCAUGCAGCUCUAGCCAAUGAAUGGCCAGCCUGCAGGCAGCCCAACUCUCACUACUGCUGGGGUGGGAAAGAGAGGAGCAAACGGAGCUCCAGGAAGCAGAGGCAGCUGUGCCUCCUUUGGUUGCCCCCCCCACCCCCGGCCAGCUUUUUAAGAUUGAGCUGCUCAUGGCAUGGCAUGAGCUGCAAUUUGGUCCAUGCGUCACGUUAAGGUUUGCCUCCUGGACUAGCCUGCACCUCGUGCUUCCUGAUCCUCUCCGAGUGAGCACCGGUUCUCACAACCCAUUUCUGAUGUCCGGAAUUCACAGUGAGGUUACUUUUGGUCAAGUGAUCUUCUGGGUUCUCCAGUCAUUAACCUGGAAACCCUCUGAAAAACGGGUUGAACCAGAUUUAUUGGAUACCUUAUUGUGUGUUGGGAGCAUUCAGGAGACCACCUCGCUACACCAAAACUACUCUGGAAAGUUGGUUUGUGUUGAGUAGACCAUCUGAAAAAUGGCCAUGUUGGCAAGUGGUAAACACUGGUUAGAAUUUGGAGAGUUCUGAAUAUCAAAGAAGAGUGGGUGGGCCCCACUCUUCUGCUGGGCCCGGGCCCUUGAAGCCAGUUCUCUUCCUGAGGUCAAGAGGGAAGUGCCCCAAGUGCUUCCAGUUGGUUGAAACUGUGCAUUCUUUGCCCAUUCCACACCCAAUCUGCAAGUGUCACAAUAGGAUGUUAAUUGAUUGUUGUUGUUUUAAUUAUUGUUCUUUUCUUUGUUUUGAUUUUUGAGAGGGAAUAUUUUGUAAACUAAUAGGGUGAAAACAGCUUUUCUUUCUUUCUUUUGCACAAGUCCUUGCACAAAAAGUGGAAAUAUUUAGUAAACUUUUAAGUUUCAAUUCAAAGGGAUCUCUCCUUGGGGAGCUGGCACAGCUACUGAUUUAAGGAAAUGAGCUGGACUGCAUGAGGGUUUUGCAGAUGAAAUUGCAGUAGAUAUUAGCAUGUUGAUUUGACCUGAACGUUUAUUAUCCUGCCAUAACUUUUAUUAAAAAACCAUGUCAUUGAA